AUGCCAUCAUUAACAACGUUUGUUUUUAUUGGUUUUGCAUUUCUUAUAGCAUCUAUCAUUGUCUUGUCACUUAUUCCACUUUAUAUAGAAAAUAAAUCAGUACCAAAAACACGUUUUAUUCUAACUACUGUGAGAAUGAAUAAUUAUGUUUUACAGAUGAGUCGAUCAUUAGCAAAACGAGAUUUAGUUAGGUUUAAAUCAAACAUGAAAGAAAUAUUAACAUUGGAUGAAGCACAAUCGAUGAUGAAUUCGUCGAUUCAAUAUGCACUUGAACAACAAUUAAAAGCUGGUGAUAAUCGAGAUAAGUUUAAUAUUUAUAUAUUACAAAUGAUAUCAUAUACUGAGAAUUCGAAUAAUAUGAGUGUUACAUUAGAUUUUAUGAUUGUAUAUACACGAGAAUGUAAAUCAUGUAAUAUAUAUCGUCGAUCGAUUAUUUUUAAACAAUUAUGUUCAAAUAAUCAACUAUUAACACCAAUACCUUUUCUUAUUCAAUCAACAAAUUUUUCUUAUACGCUUUCUAAUCCAGUGAUAGUCUAUACUCCAUAUAUUCCAAUUGAAAAUAUAGAGAUAAUUACACGUAUUGUUUCUUCAUUACAAUUGGAUAAUCCAACAAAUAUCACAAAUACAAAUGAACCAACACAACUUAGUAAUCAAGUUCUUGCAAAUAAUUAUACACUAACAGUUACAACAGCAAAAAGUAAUUAUUUUGCUACACUUGAUGAAUCAAAUACACAAAUUUCAGCAAGUCAAAAUGAUGGACCAGUUCCACUUGCAGGUGCUGUUUCAAUGUAUCCUGGCUUAGUACGAACAAUUGAACGACAAACACAAUCGUCUAAUGGUUCUAACGUUCUUAAUAUCGCAAUUAAUCAGAUCAUUUUACAAUUUUGGUAUUCAAAUAGUACAAUUCAAGUAAUAGUUGAUUUUUUAAUAAAUUUUUCUACAAGUUGUGAUAACAAUUGCAUGAAUCAACGAAGUAAUCAAUUAAUAAAUCAAUUAAAAAAUUUAACAAAUACACAAAUAAAUAUUCAACCAGCUAAUUUAACUAAUGGACAAGUUAGAAUUUUAAAAGGUAAUACUUAUGUUUUGUAUGAUUAUUCAUUGACAACACAAGUUAUUACAAAUUUUACUGGAACCAUUAUUCAUGCAAUACCACCAACACUUACUAUUGUUUAUUAA